CGGGAGCGCGCGCCGCCGCCUCAGCCUGUCGCGCCGCCCGCGCCGCCCGCUCCCGGCGCUCGACCCAGCACGUCGGCUCCGGAGCGGCCGUGGGCAGCGCGGGCCCGCGGCAUUAGAGUCCGCCGGCCUCGGACCCGCGUCCCGCACGGGGACUGUCCCGGCUCCGGCCAGGGACCAACAACUAGAGACGGACUCCGAGGACACUGAAUUGAGAGGCUGGAUUCCUAAAGCAACAGGCAGCAGAGAAGACCUGGACCAUUUGCGGCUUGGGUCGCCUCAGAGCCCGACAGAGGAGCCAUGGGGGUGCUGAUGUCCAAGCGGCAGACCGUCGAGCAGGUGCAGAAGGUGAGCCUGGCUGUGUCAGCCUUCAAGGAUGGACUACGGGACAGGCCUUCCAUUAGACGUGGAGGUGAGCUACCAGGGUCCCGCCGCGGCACUGUGGAGGGCUCUGUUCAGGAAGUACAGGAAGAAAAAGAAGCAGAGCCCAGUGCCCCCGUGGUUCAGGAAGAGAGCAGCAUCAACCGUGCGGCCUGGGAGCGGCUCCGGGAUGGGCGUGGAGUUGAGCCUGAGGAGUUUGACAGGACCAGUCGAUUCACACCCCCUGCCUUCAUCCGACCCACCCGGAAGCUGGACGAUGACAAACCUCCAGAUAUCUGCCUGGAUCCCCGGGAGCCUGUUGUCAACGAUGAGAUGUGUGAUAUCUGUGAAGUCUGGACCGCUGAGAGCCUCUUCCCAUGUCGCGUCUGCACCAGGGUCUUCCACGACGGAUGUCUGCGCCGCAUGGGCUACCUCCAAGGAAACAGUGCAGCGGAGGUGACAGAGGUGGCCCACACUGAAACCGGCUGGAGCUGCUACUACUGUGACAACCUUAACCUGCUGCUCACGGAGGAGGAGAUGUACAGCCUCACAGAGACCUUUCAGCGGUGUAAAGUCAUCCCUGAUUGCUCCCUGACCCUGGACGACUUUGUGCGCUACCGCCACCAAGCAGCAAAGCGAGGGGAUAGCAACAGGGCCCUGAGCGACGAGCAAGAGGAACAGGCAGCCCGCCAGUUUGCAGCCUUGGACCCUGAACACCGAGGCCACAUAGAGUGGUCCGACUUCUUGUCCCAUGAAUCUCUCCUACUGCUGCAGCAGCUGCGUCCCCAGAACUCUCUAUUGAGGCUUCUCACCGUCAAGGAGAGGGAACGAGCCCGGGCCACCUUCCUGGCACGGGGCAGUGGGAGCACCAUCAGUGAAGCAGAGUGCCACCAUGCCCGGCACUCCUGGUUCUGCAAACGCCUGGCAGAGGUGUCCUCCUGCAGUGUCAGCAUCAGCCAUGUGGGUCCCAUAGCAGACAGCAGCCCAGCCAGCAGCAGUAGCAAGAGUGAAGAUAAGACCCCGCUGCCCACAGAGCAGGGGUCCAGAUCUGUGGACUGGCCCACCUUCCUAAGAGAGAAUGUCAUCUACAUCUUGGCUGCUCGUCCUAACAGUGGAGCGAUCCACCUGAAACCCCCAGGAUAGUGUGGGGCAGAGAAGAUGAGUUCCGGGACGGUGGCAUCUUCCCCCUCCUCUCCUUUCUCUUUCCUCAACCAACCUCUGGCACUGAGGCUCACAGGAAUGGGGCACUGCCAGCAUCUUAAUUUGUCAUUAAGUUCUAUGGCACUGAAGCCACCGUUCCCCUGACAACAGAGGCAGUCUGAGGAAUGCCACACUGAGAAGCCCUGAGAGCUGUGGCAUCUUCACCUGCUACUGGACCACCUCCCGCCCUCUGCCACUUCAUGUGUACAUAUGUGCACAUGCACAUGCAGCCACAUACAUGCCUAGGUAGCCAUGCCUUCAAACUCCUGGUUCUUUUUUUUAAUGAAAAAGGACCAAAAUCCCUUUGUGAACCCCCUGGUGUAGAUGAGAUGGUCUCGUCUCACUCUUUCUAUUGGCCAGUUCUGAAUUCCAGUAGAAAGAAAGGGGCAGACUAGCCUCGCUUCCCCUCCAGGAGAUGCCCAGAGGCCCCCUGCCCACAUUGAAACCCUCUUCCGUGAUGAGCCGCUGUUGCUCGUGAGUGUCUGUGUGUCCCUCAGGUGUGCUGUGGGAGAACAGUGAAAAAUCAUCCCUGAAGUUCGUGUUUAAACUCUAAUUCCUCGUGACAGUAAAGGAAACUAGCUUGUGGGUUUCUCACUGCAAAAAAAUGGAGACAGCCUCUCCCAGAGACCCAGAAUUCUAGGAACUUUACAACUAGGUCAUCCAACUUCACAAGCCGUUAGCAGACCAGGAAAACCAAGGUGAGCCUCCUGGCCCCUACUUAUUGAAUGGUAUCGCAUGGUCCAAAGCUCUAGGGACCCAAGUGGGACAGAUGCACUGGCAGGAAUUGCAGCCCUCUGUGGGAGAUGCUUCACUGGCUGCCACGGAGGUCGAUGAGGAUACAAUCCCAUGGGAGAGGAGAGAAAAGCAGGCUUUUCCUGCUUCCCAGCCCAGCUCCACCGCAGACAUAGAAAUGUGGCAUCUUGUGGAGGGCAGGCCGGCCUUGUCCAUAGCCUGGAGGAGCUCUGUAGAAUCCCUACGCAGUCGUGCUGAAUCAGAAGAGGAUACAGCCGAGGCUUGCGGAGAUUUGUAUCUCAGCUGUCAAGAAGUCCUAGUCGCAUCCUCAGGGGGAAGAGUUUGUCCUUCUGCCCAUCAUGGAGUUGUAGCCUCAGCUGCUGCUUCUCUCUGCCGCUAACUCAUGUCUUCCCCUCCAUGCUAGGAGCUGCAGAUAGCCUGAGAAGCUCUGUGGACCAGCAGAGUGCCACAGGUGCACCAGGGCUGGCCAGCAAGCUUUACCCAAGCCCAUUGCCCAGUUCUGAAGCUCUCAAGUCAGUACAUGGUGUGGGUCAGCCCUUAGUAUAUGGCGUGGGUCAGCCCUUAGACCCGGGCUCCAGGUUCUGGAUUUCUACUUUCAACCAGAUGACUCGGGUAUAGCCAGUUCUGACAACGAAGGGUUCUUCAAGAGAGGGUUGGGCCAAGUCAUGCAGAAGCUUGCAUUAUCUCCACUGCUCAAAGCCCUUGUACUAAAGUGGACGGUUACAGAAGGAGCCCAUCACCCAGUGAUGCUCAGGUGAAGUGGGAACUGAAGCCAGGGCCUUGUCUAGAGUCCUGGGUGGUCUGUUUGUAGGAACCGCCUGCCCCAGAAGCAGGGUGGCAAACUGCUGGAGACAGAUUAUGUAGGACUGAGAUGAUACAGAUAGGAGAUACAUUUUGGGGUUCACUGUGAAACCCACAGCUUUAAAAAACUACUACUUUUAAAGCUGGGUAUGGUGGUACAAACCCUUAAUCCCAACACUUGGGGGACAGAGGCAGGUGAAUCUCUAUGAGUUGAAGGCCAGCCUGGUCUAAAUAGUAAGUUACACAAGUGAGACUUGGUCUCAAAAAUGAAACAAUGAAAACUACUCAGCCAUGUCCCCAGGACUUAUUGAUAAGGGGGCCCAUUAUUCAAUCUAGAAAGAAAGAAAAGAAAGAAAGAAAGAAAGAAAGAAAGAAAGAAAGAAAGAAAGAAAGAAAGAAAAGAAAAGAAAAGAAAAGAAAAGAAAAGAAAAGAAAAGAAAAAAGAAAAAAAAAAGAAAAGAAAAGAAGCUCCUGGGCUCAAGGACUGUCUGUAGCAGCCAAGCCUGGGGUUUUGCACUGAGAAGAUUAAAGCAUGUUAAAUACAAGGUCUCUUGCUCACUCUCCCAGUGAGUCAUCAUCUAUCCCUGUGGCUGGGAGCUGCUGAACCUCACAAGACAUCAUCUCUGGGCUUUGGGAGUUGAACAGAGCUUUCCUGCCACUCCCUAGCUGUAGGUACUGAGAGCCCAUCUUACUCCAUAGUCCUUUAAGAUGAUGCUUGCCACUUUGGAGCUGUGGGGGUUUUGUUUGUUUGUUUGUUUGUUGUUUGUUUGUUCUGAGUUUCUUGCUCCUGCAGUUGAAGGGCAGAAGGCCACAAGCUGGCUGGGUCCCAAAGUUUGCAGAACCAGCCCCACAGCUCAUCCACACUAGGACCAGGCCUAUUUGGGAGCACCUCUGUAUCCAGGACACUGGUUUUCCUUGGUGGGGGCCUGAUGCAGAGGGCCCACGGGACUCUACCCCCAACAAAGAAUGGGGGUUACAACUUAUAACAAUCCUGAGAAGCAAAAGAGCAUACAGGACAGCUGGCCUCUUCCCCAUGAGCAUCUCGUUUACCAAAGGGAGGGUCCCUUGCUCCCUAAUCCACUGCUACAGAGGCUCACCCCAACCCCAGUGUCCAUGCUCUCUCUCUGAAGUGGCCUCCCAGAGCCCCUGGCGCAUGCACAGAGGUGCAUUGUCAUCACCUAGUGAGACUCAUCCCUUUUCAAGCCUUCCUAUCACUGUGACUGUCUGAAAUCCUGCCAAGUGCAAACAUUAAUGUCUGGCUCUGAUGAGGGUAUGAGAAAAUGUUUCUGUCUUUUCCGUCUUGGCUGCCAACAGUUAAGAUCACUGCUUUUCCCAAACACCAUCCACCCUGAACUCCAACCGAGGGAGGCUUGGAGGCUUGAGCUACACAUAUGCUUCCCUGAAGACUGCUUGCCCCAAGCCUGGUUUUCCUCCAGCAGUUUUCAUCCAUAUGUUCAAAAUUAAAUGAAGGGUCAGAGUUCCUGAGAUUGGCUUAGCCCUGCACAACCUCUCCAGGUCUGUUCCUUGGCCUCCUCCCCUGAGGCAGUGACCCCUUGUGGUAUCCCAGGGAUGGAGCAGUUUCCUCAUUCCUAGGUACUGAUCCACUCAAGUGCUCUUCCUCUGAGGAUAGCUGCAGCAGAAGCCAUUAAUACAUUGCCUCUUUCUACCCCCAGCCCAAACAGUGGGCUGGCAGGGUAGACACUUGCCUUUCCAGCCCUAGUGCUCCCUAUGGGAGGUCACCUGGACCUUGUUUAAAUGGCCAGGCCUUGGAGUUUCCCCAUUCCUAUCACCAAAACAGAAAGCACAGAAUUCAACUGCCUGGAAAGAGGCCGCUCCCCAGGGAAAUGAAUACCAAGGCUGCCCCAUGCCUUAGCCCAAAGCACAACAGUCAUUGCAGGCAUCACAGCUUCCAGCAGUGCAGAAAGCACUCACGCUAUGAGACAGGCUCCGCAGAAACUGUCUAGUAGGGGCCCAUCCAGCCGUCACUACCCAAGAGCCAAAAGUAAGCAACCUUGAGGCACAAAACUUGAACUGGCAACAGGCUCUGAUGUCGAUAUUCCAUGUCUCCUUCCAGCCAGCAGAGUAAAGACAUACAUGCAGUCAUGCACUGCACAUGUAAUAGAAAGACAAGUAUACAGGGUCAUUCAUGGCCCAGAGCAUGGAAAAUAAGGCCAGGCCUUGUCUGGACCCAUGAGUAAGAAGCCCAGUUCCACUAUGGAAAUCCAUUCUGAGAACUGUGUCAUUAGGCAACUUCUUAGUGCAAGCAUCAAAGAGUGCUCUUACAUAAACCAAGACAGCUACCAUGUUACUAGGCAAUAUAACUUAUGGGACCACCAUUGUACAUGCCAUCUGUUGUUGGUCGAAAUGUCACUAUGUGGCACAUGACUAUUCCGUACUUGGCACUCAAAGGCAAAACAACCUUGAUGCCAGAAUUUCAGAAAACCCUGGCAGUACCUGUGUCACCAUGGCCCCCUUUUAACCUGUCAUUCACAGUGGAGUCAAGUCACCACAUUCUCCUUGCCAUUUGGGUUUAAUUUGCUCACUGUGUCUCCUUUGAUCCUGGCUGCUGCCCAGACAAUGGAGAUCUUUAGUGGGCAUGAUGAGUGUAUGGCCUGUUCCUACAGCCCAGCCCUGGAAUAUGGUGGGGCCAAGCUUUCCUCCUGGAGUUGCUUGCUUUUUGCCACUAUUUUUGGCAACCUUGAAAAGAAUUCCCACUAGACCAACACUAAAGAAAAGAAAAGCUACCCCCUCUGGGCUGCAUGCCCCAAUAGCCCAGAGCAUGGAGCAGAGGAUCUGGUGCCCCCUCUGGGCUGCAUGCCCCAAUAGCCCAGAGCAUGGAGCAGAGGAUCUGGUCUGAUCUAAAAGAAUGAUUAAGAAGCCUAACUCCAGUCCAGUUUGGGAUGGAAAGGGUUGGCCUCUCCAGACAGCAAAGGCCUUCAGAUUUAGCCUCCACCCAUUAAGGGAUAUUGUGGUCUGUUUCCAGCCAAACAGGCUUGGGGAGGGGGAGGUCUGAGAGCCCUGAAGUAACUGAGGACCCAAGGCUCUCUGGUUCCUCACGUCCUUCCCAUGGCCUUUUCUGAUGAAGAUAACUUGGCAGCAAUCAGAAGGGACCAACCCCCAGCCCUCUUCUUAUCUACAGCUGCAUGCUCCUCCCUGUGACUCAGCCUUCACAGUACUCCGAGCAGGAGCUCCCAGAGGCUGAGCCCUGCAGAGACCAGAAUAAAGAGAUUGUGAUGUU